CCGAACCAAGUCCCCAGAUCUCUGACAGUGUCGGCACCAGCCGAACAUCUCCCACCCAACCGUCUCCUCUCACAAACCUCCAGUUUUCAGCGUCGUGGGAUCAACCCAGUUCAGGAGCAUGUGGACGCUGCUUCUGCGCAUGUGCGGGGUGGCCGCCUGUGUCGCCGCUGCCACCGGAGCGGCGGCCCCUGACGCCCCGGCACCCCGCCAGAAGAGGGCAGUCCCCGCCUUCGUGGCCUCAGCCGCCAAGGACGUGGGGGCAAAGGUGGUGGAGAAGCUCGGGGACCGGAUCGCGGAGGGAGUCGUGGAGAACCACCAGGAGAAGGUGGUGGGCUCUCUUGAGGACUACUUCUCCGGACAGUUCGACAAGGCCGACGAGGAGUUCGACGAAGUUCUCUCCCGGAGUGGAGACCUCCUGGCAGGAGUGAAAGGUGUCGAAGAGGCCAAGCUGCGAGUGACGCACGGGAGAGGCACCCACACAGGGGACACCUUCGCACCGGCCAGCCAGGAACUCUCCCUGUCCUUCAAGCACGAGGAGGACGAUGAUGAACAGGACACCUCGGAGGGGGGCAUCCCGCAGGCCUACCCGCACGGACUCGGGCCCAUCAUGAUGAACGGCUGCUUCGGGAGCGGCUAUGCGGAGGGAGACCCGUGCUACGAGGCUUUCACGCCCAUAGAAGCCUGUGCUAACAUCAUUGACGGCGCGACGUUCCUGGGAGUCGGGUUUGACGGUCGAGGGGAAUAUUCCAGCGACUCCAGGAAGAAGAGCCUGGUCCAACGGUCCUGCAAUGGUCUGCAAGGGUACAAAGAGUUCCACGUGCCUGACCAGAUGACGGUGCAGGGAAUCUACGACACGCUUGCGGAGACCUUCACCUUCAGCUCCAUGGAUGAGUACCGGUUUUACCUGGAGGAGAAGUCCGCCAUGACGUCAGCUAAGGGCGUGUUCCAGCAGGAGAUCGACAAGGCGCAGGGUCACGGGGCGGGCGGCGGCGCGUUCGGGCUGCUGUGGUCGGCGGGCGGCGGCAGCUCCUCACAGAGCGCGUCAGACAGACAGGCGUCCAACUUCCAGGCCAGCUCACAAGCAAGCGGAAGCAGCAGUUCCACUUCCACCCAGACCUUCAUGGCCAUGUUGGAGAUCAACAUCUACAGGUAUGAAAUAUUCCUGGACUUCGUCAACCCAGAAGACUUGAACUUGGCGUUCAUGCGGGACUUUCUGUCUCUGCCGAACUCCUACUUCUCCGUCGGAGCUGACAGGGAGUACCAAUGGUUUAUCCAGCGGUGGGGAACGCACUACAUCACCUCCGCCAAGUUCGGCGGGCAGCUGAAGAUCAUCAAAACGAAGGAGAUAACCGAAGAAAUCUCCGAGGAGAGCUUCUCCCAGGCAGCGCAGAGCGACUUUAAGAAGUUGCUGAGCACCUACUCCGCCCAGCAGACCCAGACCAAGUCCAGCAGCUGGUUCCACUCACACGAGACCAAGAACGAGCGGCAAAGUGCCUCCGGAGAACAAAGCCAAGAUACGACUUCUGAGACGUCAACUGAAGAGCUGGCCUCCAGGAAUCGUAUGGAGUUCAGUAAUGAAGUGCUGAAGGCUCAGGGUGGAAGCCAGAGGAUCUCAGCCGCCAUCACGGAGUUCUACACAACCAGCUUUGGUAACCUGCUGAAGGAAUGGCUGGAAUCCAUCAACGAGUUUCCCAAAGCGUUCGAGUUUACCAUGCAGCCUCUGCCCGACCUGCUGAACAUGAACCUGGACUCACUGUUUCCUAGCGGCAUCACGGACUACGGCUGCUUCGGAAGUUCGCUGAGCACAGACUCGGCAGGGCGACGUUACUACACGCAGGAGGUGCCCAUCGCUAACAGCACCAGCACCACCACAGAGAUUCGCUACUGCGACUUCGCCGCGCAGGAAGACAUGCAACUAGCUAUGGACAACCGCAGGCUGGCACUCGAGCGCGCCAUCGCUGUUUAUCUGGAGGAGGGUCCUAUUCUCACCUCCGACUUUGCCGUGCAAGCUGGAGAGCCCGGAUGUGAAACUGCUGAGUUGGCUCUCCUUGAUGGCGCGAACGCGGGCGCGCCCAGCUGGGAGUACAUGAUCAGCGGUCAGGAGUUCACCGUCAUCUUCGACAUGCCCAACAACAUCCCCAACCUGCUCACGGCCAAGGCGUCCGUGGACGUCAAGUUCGUGUACAACAGGUGGCUGACGGUCAGGAGGGGCCGCACACCUCACCUGUAUGACGGGCACGACAACGGCAACAGCGGCGACGUCUCGUGGAAAAAGAUCAGCGUGGGCGGCCUGGUCAUGUCGUAUGAGGAGGACUCCGGCUUGCUGACGGUGUCGCAGGACGACUUUGAUGCGUCAUCAGCGGCCAUCUAUGACGUGCCUGCGUGGGUCAACGGCAUGACAAUCGCCCGGGUGGAGUUCAAGUCACUACUGGAGCAACUCAGCCAGCAGUCAACGGAGACUAGAGGAGACAUGCCGUGUAACCUGAAGUGGUCCAACUCCCACCGCAUGGACCCGACCGCAGGCGGCAGGUGCAUCCACUUCACGGCGGCGUCAGAAGGAGACAUUUUCGUGGUGUUUGCCGGGAUUCCUCACCAACACGAGACCUGGCUCUACAUUGAGAUCUCUCCCAAAGCCGUGGCGAUUUAUAAGUCCAUGCGGCUAGCAGUGACGCAGCUCGAUCAGGGCGCCACGGGUUUGGGCUCAGCCACUCUGUACCAGUCCUUCUUCGUCUGCAUCACGGAGGACCUGGAAGCCGGCAGAACUAUUGUGCAGUACGGCAAAACUCCGGACAAUGAGGAACGCGCACAUGUGUGGCUAGACUUCCAGUUCCGCGAGGUGUUUUCCCUGCGGUACUACGCAUUUGGCAGCGGCGCGCACAGCGUGAAGCUGAUGGGCGUGACGCAGGUGGACAACGCGCUGGAGGAGUUCCUGGUGUGCCGGGAGGGAACCCACAAAUCCGGCAACAGGUGCCUCCAGGUGUGUCACGAGGAAUGCGAAGGUUGCCGCACUACCGGCUCAGACGACCCGCGUGACUGCAUCACGUGCGUGAACAUGAAGGUGCCGUUCCCGUACUUGGACGGAGUCGUGGGCGACUUUGAGUGCGUGGCGGCCUGUCCUGACACCAUGGCCGCGCCGCCAGGAUCCUCCGUUUGCGCAUGUAUCAAGAGGAUGGAGGACGUCACAGCGGAGGGCGUGGUCACGUGUGUGGCGGAGUGCCCUUUGACCCACUAUGACGACAACGACGUCUGCAGAAUGUGUAACAGUUUCUGUGAGGAUGUGAGCGAGGACGGCACCAGGGUGUGCACAGGGCCGACCGUGGACGAGUGCCACAGCUGCCUGUACAGGUCCCAGGACGGGUCCUGCGUGGACGGGUGUGACCCGGGGCAACAAGCGGUCGCGGGAACGACAGAGGACUGGCUAGCACGGGAUCCGUCCUGGGCUGUGGACUCCGCCGGAACGCCCUAUGUAGGCGGAAACGGGGUAGUGUAUGAUGCCGCCAAAACCUUGGAUGGGGACACUGUGACCUACUGGAACCCUGGGGGUACCGGUCACAACUACAACGACUGGUGGAUCGUACUGGACCUGGCGGCGGCCCACACCCUGAGCAGCGUCGGCAUCACUAACGCCGGAGACACCACCCAUGACGUCGCACAGUUCACGCUGCAGAAGUCGGGGAUCGGGAGCCCGUACAACUGGGAGGACGUGGUGUCCGUUACGAACGUGCAGGGCGGGACGAACCAGCGGCAGGAGUUCGGCGGGUUUGAGGGAACAGCGCGGUACUGGAGGUUCCUGAUCACCCGGACCCACUCCGGCUGGCAGCCAUGGCUCAGAGAGCUGGAUCUCUACGGAAUAGAAGCCGGCUGCACUAAUCGGCUUGGAAUGGAAUCCGGUGCCAUACCUGAUAACAGCAUCACUGCAUCGUCAUACUGGGACACUUCUACCACUGAGCACGCUCCCUACCGCGGACGCCUGAACGGAGCUGCCGGUGUAGGCAGUUGGGCAGCCGGAACCAACACGGUCGGCCAAUGGUUGCAGGUGGAUUUGGGAGAAAGGAAGCGCGUCACUGGCACCAUCAUCCAGGGCCGCCUACAUCAUGCCGACCAGUGGGUGACGUCCUACAAACUCCAAUUCAGCUCAAAUGGUAUUAGUUGGACGACGUAUGCAGGCAACGAUGGCUCCGAAAAGGUGUUUCCAGGCAACAAUGACAGGAACACCCCUGUAACAAACCUAUUGGACAAUCCCACUGAUGCUCGGUAUGUGCGUUUUCUGCCUCAGUCCUGGAACGGGCACAUGUGUAUGAGAGCGGAGAUUCUAGGCUGUGGCGUCAGCAAUAGUCAGUUCAGCUGCGAGCCGUGUCCAGCCGGCCACAGGUGCGUAAACGGGGAUCAGGUGGCUGAAGCCUGCCCAGCGGGCACGGCCAGCAACGCGGGCGGCACGGCGUGCGACCCUUGCCCGGCGGGAGAGUUCAGCGGUGCGGACGGGUCCUCGGCCUGUCAGCAGUGCCCAGCAGGAACGUUCAACACGGCGGGCAGCUCCACCAGCUGCCAGGACUGCCCGGCCAACACCUACAGCCACCCGGCAGGCUCCACCAGCUGCCAGGACUGCCCAGCCGGCUCCAUCAGCUCCGCGGGCUCAGGAACAUGCUCAAACAUCAACGAAUGCGCCUCCAACCCGUGUCAAAAUGGCGGUUUCUGCAAUGACGAGACCAACAGGUACUCCUGCUCCUGCCCCAGUGGAUACGGCGGCACCAACUGCCAGAUAAACAUCAAUGAAUGUUUGUCGAACCCAUGCCGAAACGGCGGAAACUGUGUUGAUCGGGUGGACGGCUACACCUGCACUUGCGUAGGCCACUACAUGGGUACUCAUUGUGAUAAAGCUAUCCGACUGGUGGGCGGCAGCCUGGAGAAUGAAGGCAGAGUGGAAGUCUUACACAAUAAUCAGUGGGGGACUGUCUGUGACGACAGCUGGGAUAUCAACGACGCGCACGUGGUGUGCCGGAUGCUCGGCUAUGCGGACGCUCACGAGGCGAGAAGUGGCGCCGCGUUCGGCAUCGGCACGGGCCCGAUCUGGCUGGAUGACGUGGGCUGCUCCGGUACCGAGUCAUCUCUGGCCGACUGCAACCAUAGAGGAUGGGGAAGUCACAACUGUGGCCAUACGGAAGAUGCAGGCGUAGUCUGCUCAAGCCCGUGCCCGAACCCCCCGAUCCUCAGCGCCGCCAGCAUCUCGGGCUGUGGCGCCCCCUACUCGGAAGGCGAGACCUGCACCUACAGCUGCAACAGCGGCUACUUCGUGGACGGCGGCUCGCGGACCCGGACCUGCAGCGGCGCAGGCACCUGGAGCGGAUCGGACCUGGUCUGCACACGCCAAUCGUGUUACUGGGAAGGGACGGCUGUCUUCUGCAACCCGGGCGGCUGCGACUGGGGCAUCUACGUGCGCAGCAGCAAGUGUGGCGACGGAGCCUGCUGCUGGACAGGCAACAAGAUCUACUGCUGUAACGGCGUGUAGGAACCUUCCUGCGCAUGCGUGCUGAGGAGGGGACAUCACGUGAUUAUCGACACACUUUAUCUCAUUCGGACAGUAUUCACGUUAUGAGCCCGAUCAGUCUAAAUCAGAGUUAUAUUCUCACAUCGGACAGUAUUCACGUUAUGAGCCAGAUCAGUCUAAAUCAGAGUUAUAUUCUUACAUCGGACAGUAUUCACGUUAUG